AUGGCAACCCGCCGCAACCCCACCAAAGAAUCCAUCACCACCUCUCCUCCUCCCGACCAGCAACCACGACAGCCUGGCGAACUAGAGCACCGCGAGGCGAUCCAACUCCGCGACCUCCCCGGCUACCCUCAACAAGUCCUCUGGAAACUCAUUAUCUAUUCCAUCGCCGUCCUUGUCCUCCCCCUCUCCGCCUAUUUCUACAGCGUCAAUUAUGUCUUUGAUGGGAACACAACUUACGCCGGUGCCACGGCCGCGAUCACGGCCAAUCUCAUCUUGUUCUCGUAUAUCGUUGUCGCGAUGAGGGAGGAUAAGGGGGAUCAAGAGCAACUGCGGGAGCAGCAACAAUUACGGGGAAACAAGGAAGAGACGAAGAAGAUGAAGUGA